AUGGAUCAAUACGAACGAGGCUGCAGUGUAAAAAGGCUGUUUUUGAUCCAGGCUUGCGUCAGCGUCAGUGAGCAAGCGUGGCUGUCGCUCCUGACUGAGCCGCCACCCCACGACUCCACCCCCACCCAGUUGGCCUAUCUGUCUCGGCAUCGUCGGAGCAUAGUGCAGCUGCUCCAUGGCCAUGGGCAGACAGGCUGCUACAUCAACUGCUCCAUGGGCAGUGAGAGCAAGAUGGCAUGUAAGCAAAAAGAACUAGAUGCCACCGCCACACAGCUUGCCAACAGACAGGACGAGAGUGAACAGUCCAGGAAGAAACUAAUCGACCUGAGCCGCGAGUUCAAGAAGAACACACCAGAGGAUUUCCGUAAACAGGUUGCCCCUUUACUGAAGAGCUUCCAAGGAGAGAUUGACGCCUUGAGUAAGAGAAGUAAAGAAGCAGAGGCCGCCUUCUUGAACGUCUACAAGAAAAUAAUAGAUGUCCCAGAUCCUGUACCUGUGCUGGAGCUGGCUCAGCAGCUGCAGCUGAAGCUCCAGAGGAUGCACGACAUUGAGACAGAGAACACAAAACUUCGAGAGACACUGGAGGACUACAACAAAGAGUUUGCAGAGGUCAAGAACCAAGAAGUGACCAUUAAGGCCUUGAAGGAGAAGAUCCGUGAAAAAGCAACUUCAGCUACACAACGACUAUGCAGAGAAGGAGAGGAAACUCCAGGAGAGCCAGGACUCCAUGUCCUCAAGGUUAGAAGAGGCCGAACACAAGGCCAGUCCCUACAGACAGCACUUGAAACAACUCAGGCCGAGCUCUUUGAUUUGAAGACAAAGUAUGAUGAGGAGUCCACGGCAAAGGCUGAUGAAAUUGAGAUGGUGAUGACAGACCUGGAAAGAGCCAAUCAGCGGGCAGAGGCAGCUCAGAGGGAGGCGGAGUCACUCAGAGAGCAGCUGUCCUCGAGUAACCAAUCCCAGCAGCUCGGCAGCCCAACCAAGGCCGACACUGACACGGAACAAACAUCGGAGUUGGCAUCCCACUCAAGUCUGGAGGCGGAGCUCAGGGCCAAAGAAAGGGAGACCGCCCAGCUGGUGGAAGACGUCCAGAGACUGCAGGCCAGCCUGACCAAACUCAGAGAGACCACCAGCUCCCAGAUCACACAGCUAGAGCAGCAGCUCAGCAGCAAGACUGCCAUUCUCAAGGAACUGGAGGAGAAACUACAGAAACAAGCUGAUUAUGAGGAGGUGAAAAAGGAGUUGAGUAUCCUCAAGUCUAUGGAGUUUGGAACUUCAGACUCUGUUCAGGACUCCUCUAAACCUCUGGAGGUGCUGCUGUUGGAGAGGAACCGUAGUCUUCAAUCUGAAAGUGCUGCACUGCGCAUCGCCAACACUGAGCUCAGUGGGUCAGCCGGGCGAAAAGGGACAGAAGAGUCCACACCGAAGGAGGAGAACAUGCCCAGCGACCCCUCUUCUUCGCCCCCUCCUCCCCCUCCCUCUCUACCCUCCUCCUCCCAACUCCCCCUCUCUCGCACUCAUACGGAUCCCCUCAACACUGCCACCACCACCAGCAGCAGCGAAACACAUGCUUUCACUCCUACGGGCAUUGGACAGGACUUCUACUCCCCUGUGUUCCCUCUGGUGGGUGGUAAGAUGGCUUUGAACUCCCUGAUCCAGCGGCAGCUGCUACAGACCUUCUACUCCAAAGCCUUGCAGGAGUCAUCUGGAAUCCCCAGUGGGGCUCUACUGUUCACCCCUUUCACUCCAACUCUCAGCUCCAUCCCUACCUCCACCCCUGGCUCCGGGUCUGCUGCCAUCCCUCUGGCAGCAAGCAGUCCCCAGCCGCCCCCAGCAAGUCCUGACAUGGCUCCUGUAAACGGGAGCAGUACAGCUGGCAGUGCACCGUCCCCGUCACCUAGCCACUCCGACGCUACCACAGGAAGUGUUUUGGAUGGGGAGGACAUGGACACGGCAGAGAUUGCUCGACAGGUGAAAGAGCAGCUGAUCAAGCACAACAUUGGUCAGCGUGUGUUUGGCCACUAUGUGCUGGGACUGUCCCAGGGUUCAGUCAGCGAGAUCCUGGCCAGACCAAAGCCGUGGAACAAACUAACCAUUCGGGGGAAGGAACCUUUCCACAAGAUGAGGCAGUUCCUUGCGGAUGAGCAGAACAUCCUUGCACUUCGCAGCAUCCAGGGACGACAGAGAGAGGGCUCAGGCCAGCCCCAGCUUAGCCGAGUGUUUCAGGAUGCUCCGAAGCGGAGAACCCUCUCCGAUACAGCUUCACACGCAGGCAACAUUACUGCUCGUGUCCGUACCCCAGAGGCAGGUUCAGAUGAGGCUAUCAAGUCCAUUCUGGAGCAAGCCAAAAGAGAGCUGCAGGUGCAGAAAGCUGACCUGUCCCACACUCAACCCUCAUAUGCAGGACUGAAAGGAGGGGGUGGAGGUGGAAUAGGAGUUGGAGGGGGCAGUGGAUCAGAUGAGGCCAUCCGGUCCAUCCUCGAGCAAGCUCGCAGAGAGAUGGAGGCCCAGCAAGCUGCAUUAGAGCCCAUCCUCAAAGCCUCAUCUUCCUCCUCUUCGGCAGCACUAUCUCAAAGGGACCUCCUGGGCUCUCCGCUCACUGCUCCCCUGCCUCCAUACAACCCUCUUGCACUCUCCCUCAAGAAGCCUUCCAGCUCCCUCUUGUCCUCUCCUUCAUCCCCGUCUCCAGUCCUGGACUUCAGCUCCAGUGUGAAGAGAGAGGGCAGGGCUUCUUCAGGGAUUGACAUGUCUGCUGAUGGAGCACUCCGACUGGGGCGUAGCUCUGAUGGGCCAUCCCGCUCUGGGAGUACUGGAGGAGUGGGUUACUGGAGAGAGCAGUGGUGGAGCAACAUGCAUACAGACCUCCGUAGAACAGCCAACCAGACAGGGGAGGAGAACCACAACCAGGAAGAUUCCAAAGAGGGAAUUCUGAGUGACAGUCUGUCUCGACACAAACCGUGGAACAAGUUGAACCAGAGGAGCAGAGAGCCAUACCUCCGCAUGCAGCCAUGGCUCAAUGGAGACCAGGGGCAAAAUGCACAUAUACAACAAACUCAGAAUCAAGCAGAGGGUACUCCCAAAACAUCAGCAAGCUGCAGCCCUGCUCCUGAGUCACCCCUCAGCUCAGCAGAGGAGUCUGUCAAUGGUCUAGCAGGCGAUCCACUCACUUCACAGACCUCCAGUCUCAAACCUCCAUCUGAUGAUCCUUCGGGUGGGGAGUCUCAGCCGGGUACCCCAUUGCCUUUACCUGGUCACUCGGGUCUCAGCAUCCAGGAGAUGGUUGCAAUGUCUCCAGAACUUGAUACCUAUGCGAUCACCAAGAAGGUUAAGGAGGUGCUGACUGAUAAUAACCUUGGCCAGCGUCUGUUUGGGGAGACUAUUCUGGGCCUGACUCAGGGUUCUGUCUCAGACCUGCUGGCCAGGCCCAAACCCUGGCACAAGCUCAGCCUGAAGGGCAGGGAGCCCUUCGUCCGCAUGCAGCUCUGGCUCCAAGACCCACACAGUGUCGAGAAACUCAUGGACAUGAAACGCCUGGAAAAGAAAGCUUAUAUGAAGAGGCGGCUGAGCUCCUUGAGUGAUGGUCAUUCAGUGGACGGGGCCUUGGUGGGGCCAGAUUAUAUCCAGGGCUCCCAGAGCCCAGGACAGCAGCAUUUGAAGAAGCCAAGAGUGGUAUUGGGCCCUGAAGAAAAAGAGGCCCUGAAAAGAGCCUACCAGCAGAAACCCUAUCCCUCCCCAAAAACCAUUGAGGAGCUGGCCUCCCAGCUCAACCUGAAGACCAGUACUGUCAUCAACUGGUUCCAUAAUUAUAGGUCACGUAUUCGGCGAGAACUCUUCAUAGAGGAGAUCCAGGCAGCGGGAGGCGUAGGGCCUGGCAGUGAGGGUGGCUCCCCAUCCCUCCGUGGGUCCAAAUCAGGAGAGGGGGACAGCUGUGAUGGGACAGAAUCUGAGGGCACGAUGGAGACGCGCCAGGGACUGGGCAUUGGCCUUGAGGAUCACAGAGGAGCAUUUAAAGACCACGACAUGGAGGCUGAGUCUGAAGCAGGGGGCUCUAAUAACUCCCCUGCCCAGACAGACUGCACCACCUCAGGCUUAGGCGGCCCGGGCUCCAGCUGUGGACAGGGUGGACUGGGGCUCUUCAGCCUCACAGAGGCAUCCUCCAGUAGCUCUGCCUCUAGUACUAACAUCCCAGCCUCUGGCCCAGCCAGAAACCCCAGGGACAACAAUCUGCGUAAGAAGAAAGCAGCCAAUCUCAAUAACAUCAUCCACAGGCUGGAGAAGGCUGCCAGCAAAGAGGAUCCCUCAGAGUGGGAGUUUUAGCUCCCCCUGACCAUCCUUCAUCCCUCUCGUCUCAUAACCUCACGACCUCUAACCUUGGACCCCUCCUGCUCUGUUCCAGUUGGAGAGUGGACACAGCCAAAGUCAAGCUCAGCAGCCAUUUUUAUUACAUAGAAGCUUUCCGAAAAAGAGGAAAGAAACAAAGAGUGGUUGGCAAAACCCUUAAAAAGAAGAUUUACUGAAUACCUAGAAGAACAAAAUAAGAGAACUUAAGUGUCUCCUUUUUUUUAAACUGAGUUUUGUUUUUGUACUGAGAAAAGCACUUAGCCGUCCUGCUGGCCUCCGGCCCUGCUGUACCUCCCCCUAUCACCAGCCACUGGUGCACCAGACUGGUUAGUCCUGAGCUGGGGUAUGACCCACAGCUGGGGUUGAAACCUGGACUCUGUAACACAGGCAAGGCCUGACACAGCAGCUGUCACAGUGAUAGACACUGAUAGAUGAUAGAUAGAGACAGGAACUCUCUUACAAGAACUCUCACUUUCUUAAAGGAGAUUUUUUCCGCUCUUCUUCUCACCUCCCAAGUGUCCACAAACCUCCCCUCACUCAGUGAGACGCCUCAUUUUCACACUGUAGAGUGACUGUUACAAACCCUUUGCCUUUUUCACUCACUGCGUGUGUGUGUGUGUGUGUUUGUAUGUUAGGGGUUGUGUCAGUGUGCACCUGUGUGUUUACACGCCCAAAAUGGUUUGUGUGUGUUCUCUUCUCAAUGGCAGCAUGUUUUCUUUUGUAUCUCACUCCUACACUCUUAAGAGGGUAGUGGAAGGCCUGCCGGCUGAGCUGCCAUGGUUACUGAUGUAAGAAAGAUGAACUUCGACCUGUUGUGUCCCAUAUCCUAUCCUGCUGACAGCCAUGUGAUGGCCAGAAGGAUCUCUAAUUCCUCACAAACACACACACUCAUCUGAAGAGGAAGGAAGGAAGGAACCCUCCUUUUGCCUCCUUAACCCCUUCUUUUACGGAUGAAGGAUGAUCUCUUUUUUUUGAUAUUGCAAUUUGGUUGCCAAUAAGAGAUUGCACAGUCUGUUGACUCUAAAGAGUACAAAAUAGGGAAUUUUAGGAAACAUUUUUAAUUAGUACAAAAUAAGAACAGAAAAUAAGACAAUAAAUAACAAGUUAUUGAUAAAGAAAAAACAAAUUAGAAUGGAAUAAUGUUGAGUUGUUGAAAUACGAUACAUUGAAUUCACGUAGUACUGUAGCUGUCUGACAUGGUGAUACUAUACGUGUCUCUUGUUAUUUGAGGUCAUGCACGUCGCACACACCCAACACUGGAGCUGCUGGGUGUUUGUGUGCACCACCGACAAAUUUUCUCUGUUCACAACACAUGUUUUUAUAGGCCAAAUCAGGAAGAGUGUGUGUAUAUGUCCGUCUGUGUGAGUGUUUGUCUUUUGUGCAUUUGUAAUUGCCUGCAUGUAAGAUGGGGUCGAGGUCAAUUCACUCAAGAUUGGAAACAUUUAAGAUAAUGAACCAUAAUGAAAUUCUUGACUGAAAUAAUGGGUUGUAGCAAAUGAAUUGCAAUGUACAAGACAUGAUUCACCUGUAUCUUAUGCUGAUUUUGAUGAAGUGAAUUCACCCCAACCCUGGUGUGAGUAGUUACCACUCUCCUCCAGUCUAUCCUGUAUCCAGGGAUGUAAGUCUUUUUUGCAUUGAAUUCUACUGUAUACACUACAAAUUAUAAGGCAUAUCACCUCCUCCCUGUCCCACACAAGCCCUCAGUGCCUGUCAGCCCACUGCCUCCCCUUUGUGUGUGUAUGUGUGUGUGCGUAUGCAUGUACACGCAUGCCUGUAAAUACAUGCGUGUGCACAAAGUGUGUGCGAUUGACGAGUGUUCAGUGUUUCUAAUGAGUGGGGUCAUAUUUCGUAUCUACUUGCACACACUACUAGUGCACAACUGACACCCUUCUUUAAGCUGUUUGAUGCGUUACCAUUACAUUAAUCUUCUCACAAAGUAGUGUAAUACUAUGAUUUACUGUAGCUUGGUUUUAUUGCUAUUUUGCAUUUAUAGUUUGGUUUUUAUUCUGCUUAUUUAUAGGUGCUGUAUUUUUCAUUUAAUGUCUUAUCAUUUGAGUUGUCUAUUUUUUAAGGGAUUAUACUGUUCCUGAGGGCAAGUAACAUUUUUAUUAGACGUAUAGACUGCCGGCAGUAUUGGUUAAUAUUUACAAAGAUGUACUAGUUCUCAUUUGUUUGUAUAUUCAUGAAUCCUAAAGUUUAGUGUCAUUUCAAUAGCUUUGAAAAAUGUGUUUGCUUCAGUUCAUGUUCCCAUAAGCGUUAAGCUUUUACCACAACAGUUAUGCUCUUAAAUUGCUAGCUAGAGAAUCAAAGGACAUAUCAAGAUCAGUGACUAUAUAAUAGCAUAUCGCUUUUCCUGUUUUCUACUCUCCAAUAAUGUUUUUUUUUUUUUUUUUGGCUGUUUCUAGUGCAAGCCCAACACUAAAGCUCAACAGGGCAUGCAGCUUUCUUUAGAUAGUUUGCCCACUUGUUGAUCACUUUUAACAUGAUUUACAGGUCCAAGUGUACACACAUCAAAUAGGUCAAAUGAAAUUACCUAAACUUGAGAACACACUUGAAAGAGGUCAUAUCUGCCAAAUUGAGAUUAGAGAAGUGUACCAGCUAGCAGGUGUGCUACGCCAGAUUGAACAGAGAUAGCCAGCCUAUGAUUAUGCAGAAUUUAUAUAGCAGUCCAUAACAAAGCACUUAUUAGGGUCUUUUUUGAAGAAUUAACCUAGGACAGGGUCUGUAAACACUACAACAGAGUACGAUCCCGGGAUCCUGGGAAAUGUAUGCCUUUUUUAAAAGUGGUUGUGAACCAAGCACAGACUCUUAUCCGCAUCCUAACACUAAAAUGAAUACAUGAGAUAGCUGUACCCAUGUUUUUCUACACAACAAACUAUUCUUAUAUAGCAGCCCCUUAUUUCAAACUACCAAUACCUUUGUGACAGAAUGGGCCAUUGACCUGUACAGAUGUAGAUAGUAACCUGUAACUUUCUAUCCAAAAUUUUCUCAGUUCAUCCUUAAGCCUCAGUAAUGAUCCCCCUCCCACUGAAUAUAUUGGCAGUGUGUUAAUAAACUCAUUGCACUGCAUUAAGAUACAUUAGUUAAAAUUGGGUUGUCUAAUGUAUUGAGUGAUUAUUAAAAAAAAAAAAAAUCCUCAGACAUUGGCUCUUCCUGUGGAUGACUGAUGUAAAACAUCCGUCUUCUGCUUUACUGAAGGCAUAUUGCCUUCUUCUGGACAGCUUGGACUGAACAACCACAAUAUGUUUUAUGGUGAUGAAUAGCUACUGUAAAGUAUAAGCACUUAACCCCUUAGCCAUUUUAUAGCCAGAUCCAUCAACUCAUCUAAACCAUGUGAGAUCAUCAGAUUUGUGCCUUUAACUGCCAAGCAGGGCACCAAACUAGUGAUGUCAUUAAAUGUAGACUAUUUCACCUGAAUUGCUCAUAUUCAGUCCUUCAUUCUGAUCCAAAUUUAUGUCUCCUACACCUCAUGUCAGUGCUUCAAGUCAACAUUUCUCAACUCUCUGGAGAGAGUUGUAUAUAAUUGCAGGAGUGCAGCGAAACAGUAAAAAGGAAAAAAAACAAACUUGUGUAUUCUUAUGACUGACCUGCAGACGCGUUGGGUCCGGGUCUUAUUUCAGACAGUUGCUUCCCCACAAUGCAUUUUGUCUGUUGUACAUACCUAACUAGCAGUGAAAGGCCAGAGCAUUGAAUGAAGGAGGAAGCAUGCAGAAACAGCGUACACUGUAAUAACACUGAAUUUAUUCAUAGGGCAUUUUGUAUUUUUCUGUUUGUGUCAGGUUUGCUGUGACAUUAAUAACGGCACUACAGGUAUUGAUAUGAUGUGUGCCAAUUCUAAUGGUUAUUUGGAAAAGAGACGUGUAAAUACAGUCGAUCAAGUAGCUAUUGAUUCACUAUUGUCACGGUAUGCUUUUGUUUGAAGGCAGGAGGAGAGAAGGGACGAUUCAGGACUUUUCCAUGAUCCACAGAUAUUUUUCUACAAAUUUAAAUCAGAUGAUUCUAUACACUGUUGAAUAACAUUGUAAAGGUGUAACAGAUGCUGUAUAUCAUAUCAUGUUUUCUGAAGUCGUAAAGCUUUACUGUAUGAUCUGUUGAAGUAGUGGUUAUUCAUUUGACAUAUUAGUUGUAAUGGAAGCCCGAACAGCAGCACUGGUCACCAUAUUCAGGAAAAAAAGAAAGAAAAACCUCAGAUGUUUUUUGUAAUACUUUUAGAAUAUAUCUUAUGAAGUGGGUUUUGUAAGGAAACACUUUCCGAAUCAGUGGUGCUGUAUGCAUAGCACACUCAGUAAUACAUACACACGUAAUACAGCACAAUACACUCAUCCUUUAAAUUCCCCCUUCACCUUUUUUGCGUGCUUUUUUUGUUUUUCACUCACCUCUAGUGUUGGCUGUAGCUAAUUUUAAGUCUUAAACCACUUCCUCUUAUUUGUUCAGUUCUUUCUAUGCUAAACUGUACAGCGAACACCCAGAGGUAUACUCUGGAGCAACAAACAUUUCAGUGAAAACUAGUAAGACUUAAAAGAAGAAGCAAAAAAGCCAAAUAGUGAAGUAGUUUAUCCACUUCUGGUGAAAGGUUGCUGACAGUUUUCUGUAUGUUGCUACCUUGUGUCGUCGCUUCAGUUCACCCAUAGCUUAAACCACAGUGUAGUCUGACAACCAAAUGACCUGGGGAGAUCUUCACCCCCUGCUCCCCCCUUUGGAAAGCUUUAAGAUGCUUGUUGAGGCUUUAGCAAGUUCAGAGUGUUUUUAGAUGAUUCCAACCUGUCAUCAACAAUGUGGAAGUAAUAAUUCUCAUAACGUCUCCCACUGCUUUUUUGUGAGUGUGUGCGCGUACGUGUGUGAUGUAGUACAAAAGGCUGCAUGACUGUAAAGGGAUGAUUAAGAUGUUUUUGAAAGCCGUUUCCUUAGCACUUCUGUCACUCCUGAGAUGCUUUUUCUCCUUGGGGUUUCCCUCCUAUUGUUUUUCCUCAUGUAUCAUUGUUUCUUUAUCUUUCUAUUUACUAAACGUAUCAUGUUGUUUGUUCUCAGCACUGUAAAACAGUCCCUUCUACGACAUUGAAAAGCAAUAUCACUGUAUGAAACGUUCACAAUGUAUUUGUUAUGAUUGACAUUUGAUUCAUCAUCAUUAUUAUUCACAUGCACCCUAGGUGUGAUAAUUGAAGUAAAUCUCUUUUAUACAAAUACUAA